UUAGUAUUACUUAAGCCCGCUUACGGUAUUAGCAGGAGCUUACAGAGCAAUUCGUGACUUGUAGCAACAAAUUAAUGCUUAUGAAGGCGUACUAGACGGACAGGGCGCAUGCUGUGAGGUAAAGUGGUGAUAGAGGUUUACAGGGUCAUAUUUGCGACAAUUUGUUACAAAUAUUACCAAGAUUUUCUUCGCCGUUUACAUGAGGAAAUUAAUAAUUCUGUGUUCUGAAAAAAAGCGGCGCGCUAUUAUCGAUGAAGGACAAAUGAUGGUCUACUAACUGUAAAAGCCAGAAUCGACACCACCUAGUCCUGAAAAGCCUCAAACCAGACGAACAAAAUGUCGGUCCCACCAGAGGUUGCAGCUAUCAUUACUCGCAAGAAAUUGUGGUAUUGUCGCAUUGCCGAUACUAAACAAUGGCCCGACAUGGUGAAGAUCGCCCUGCCUGGCGCGGAAUUCAAGUUCUACCAGACUGACGGGUCUUUCAUGAGUUUUGAGGGAGUCGAUUUCAACUUCUCCUCGACAGCGGAUUUCGUCAAAUUCUACGGGGAAAUAUUCUUCCCUCAGCUUCAAACUAUUCACCUCGUUGGGCCAGGUGAUUUGGAACAGAUUGGUCGUGACGAAGUCAAAGCAGUCUGGACCGUUGUCUUUCAUGCUGGUCCGAAAGAAUCAAACAGCAAAUUCCAUCACACAGGUGGAGGACACUAUUACGAAACUUGGAAGAGGAAGGAUGAUGAUUGGUUUGUCAAAAGCAUCAGAUUAGAGAGCACGUACUUCUGGUCAUCUGAGUAAAGGCGAGCUAGGAUUCUAGAUUACACUGCAGGAUGAUCGGCGGAGCCUAGUUACUCUUAUACCGAAAAUCACUUAGGUACCUUAUUGGCAAACACAUAUGUAUUUGGCGACAUCCUUGACAUUUUCUUCUU